AUGUUUCGAGAUGAGACGCAAGGUCUCGGCACGAUUACUUGGUGGGGAUUAUCUCCCGCUCUCGAUUUUUUAAAACAGAAAAAUCUUGAUAGAGUUCAAGAAGAUGGAAACGAAACAAUUAACAUAUUGUCCGUUGGUGCCGCGGAUGUUCGACAUGUGCUUCAGACCGUAGGAAACAUGACUAAUGGCGAGACUUGCAAACUGAAGUUUUUCGUCAUUGAAAACAAUAUCGAACUUGUUGCUAGACAAACGGUUCAGUUUUACUUAAUUAGUCGCCCAAACAGCGAACUAGGGAUUCAAGGCAUGCUUUUUUUCUGGUCUCUGAAAAGGACUUUUAGAUUUGUAACAAACGAGUCUUUGUUGUCAAGUUUUCGUCCACUUCUGAACUACAAAAUCCUAAAGUUCAAGGAGAGAGAUUUGCUUGAGUGCAUAUUUAAGAUGUGGAGAAAAAAGACUCUCAAAGAAUACAAUAUUUCCACUUACUGGGACAGUCGGGUGCGUCAGCAUCUAGGAACCCGAUAUGAUGCCAUACCCAACGUUUUCGACUGGGAUUGCAGCAUAACUCUACAUGAUCGCGGGGUAUGUACACAUAAUCUGAGUACGCUGAUACAAACUAUGAUGAAUUCAAAACCUCUUGGUUCAAUAUUAAUUUACUCGAAGGAAUGA